CGUGACGUCACUCCCGCGGGCUCCGGGAGGACGCGGACAUGGCGGCCAGCGGCUUUUCCGGCCUCGCGCAGGGAGCCGGCCCGUCGUCCAGCACCCAGCCAUCCUCGGCUUUUCCUGUCCCGGCUGCUGGGCCCAGCUAUGCCAUGAAAUCUACCCCUGGAACAGAGAGCACCACCAGCUGGGCCCUGGCCCCUGCCACCCAGCCGCACGCCAACCAGGACUCCGCGUCCAGCAGCCGGCCCCCAGGUCCUAUCCCUGUGGCCGCGGCUGCGUCUACCCACCAGCAGGGUGGUCACAGCUACCGAGAGUCAAAGGUGCCCAGGAACUGCGAGGACACAGCAGAGCAGCCAGCUGCAGCCUCUCUCUGCCGACCAGGCCCGAGCACCCACAGCUCAGACCACCCACUGAAGUCCCAGCGGGUCCUGCAGAAGCAACAGACAUCCCCAAUGGCUCCUGUGGGCUCGGACCCUUGGGGUGGCCCAGGCCUCGGGCCCUGGGACCCCAGCUUUACCAGCGACUCACUGCCAUUCCUGGACAGGCUGCCGAAGCCCAAGGCGGGCCCCCGGCCACCCUCUGUGCACUACUGUGAGGUCUGCAGGGUCAGCUGCGCCGGGCCGCAGACCUAUCGGGAUCACCUGGAAGGACAGAAGCACAGGAAGAAGCAGGCAGCUCAGAGGACAGGCACACAGCCCAGCGGAGGUCCACGAGGGGCCCAGAGCCUGCACUGUGGCCUCUGUGCUGUGUCCUGCACCGGGGCGGAUGCCUAUGCAGCUCACUUGAGGGGAGCCAGGCACCAGAAGGUCUUCAAGUUGCACACCAGGCUAGGGAAGCCCAUUCCCUCUGAGCCCACGCCUCAGAGUGUCACCUACACCAGAGGCUCGGACAGCACCCCUGAAACCUCAGUCAAGCAGGAAGCUCACAGCAGUUACAGCUCACACACCUCAGGCCGGCCAGCACCAGCCAAAGGAUCAACAGCCUCACGCAAGGGGCCACCUGAACUGCAGACAGCACACAGCCGACCCGGAGAAAGGAGACCACCACACCCCAAAGCAGAGGCCACCAGGGGAGGGCCUGGGGAAGCUCCAGGGACCUAUGGGGACAUCGAGCCAGUGGGCACAGAGUAUGUGGAGGAGGUGCGCAGCGAGGAGGGGAAGGUGAUCCGCUUCCGAUGCAAGCUCUGCGAGUGCAGCUUCAAUGACCGCAAUGCCAGGGAUAUGCACCUGACCGGACGGCGGCAUCGGCUGCAGUACCGGAAGAAAGUGGACCCGACACUUCCGGUGGACGCCCGGCCCAGUGGCCCCAUGCAGAGGGUGCUGGUCAAGAGGCUGCAGCGGCAGCGGCAGCUGGCACAGACAAGACUAGAGGAUGCACGGCGCUGGAGCUCUGAACUAAGACAGCAGGAAGGACAGAACAGGGAACUUGAGGAGCUUUCCCAGCCCCAGAUUGAAGAGCAGUCACCCAAGUCACCCGCCUGGGCCCUGCCAGCUCCCACUGCCAAGCCAGAAAUGGCCACCACCCGGCGCCAGUCGGGGCGCCGGCCAGAGAGCAGUGACGAUCGGCAUGUCAUGAGCAAGCAUGCCUCCAUCUAUCCCACCGAGGAGGAGCUGCAGGCCAUCCAGACAGCUGUGUCCCACACAGAACGAGCUCUCAGACUGGUGUCGGACACACUGGCCGAGGAGAGCAGCCAGCAUGGCACCCUGGAGCCUCCACCACCGCGGAUGCUCAAGGGUGUGGUUCGGGUCGGCAUCCUGGCCAAGGGCCUGGUCUUGCGUGGGGACCACAGUGUGCAGCUGACCCUGCUGUGCUCCAAGAAGCCCACACACUCCCUGCUACAGAGGAUCAAGCAGGAGCUGCCCAGAGAGCUGUCGAUAGUGGCAGAAGACAAGUACGAGGUCUCAUCUGACCACAACGCCAACAUCGUUAUCUCAGCCUGCGUGGAGCCGGGGGUGAAAGUCACUGUGUCCGCCACCUCACCUCUGAUGCGGGAAGACCCCUCCGUAAAACGAGGACUGCAAGACUCUCUGCCUGACCCAGAGGAUGUCCUGGACAGGGAGCAGUGCCUUGAGACCCUGGCCGCCCUCCGUCAUGCCAAGUGGUUCCAGGCUCGAGCCAGUGGCCUGCAGCCGUGUGUGAUUGUCAUCAGAGUUCUGCGGGAGCUGUGUCGCUGCCUGCCCCCCUGGGGGGCCCUGCCCGCCUGGGCCAUGGAGCUGCUGGUGGAGAAGGUUCUGAGCAGCGCACCCCGGCCCUUGAGCCCAGGGGAUGCCAUGCGGCGGGUCCUGGAGUACGUGGCCACAGGCGCGCUCCUGACAGAUGGCCCGGGGCUACAGGACCCCUGUGAGAAAGGCCCACAGGAUGCCCUGGAGCCCAUGACCCCACAACAGCGGGAAGACCUGACGGCCAGUGCUCAGCGUGCCCUGCGUCUCGUGGCCUUCCGGCAGAUACACAAGGUCCUUCACAUGGAACAGUUACCUCCGCGGACCAGAUUUGGGGCCCGGGCCCGGAAGAGGAUGAGGGAGGCUAGUCAGGCCCAGGAGGGCACUGGGGAGAGAAAGCGGGGCCGGCAGGGCACGGCAGGGCUGCCCUGAGCCAGCAUCACCACAGGCCUGAACCUGCUAGGGCCUCCUGGGUCUGUAGGCUUGUCCACAUGCAGUGACCCCUGUGGUGACCCCGUGCCAUGGCUCUGUCAUCCCCCACCCCCAGGCAGCAGUGACUUCCACUCCUUGAUACUAAUCAAUUUGAAACUCCCUUGAUGUCACAUGAAGUAGGUGGGAUCUGAAUCACUUCCUUGAAAUGCCAGGAAGGGUGGCCUGGAAGAUUCUAGAAGUCACAGGGUUGGGGUGGAGGAGCAGAGAGCACAGAAUGGGAUUCCCCAGACCCCAGACCCAAUCCUGUGCUCCACACAGACUCCAGCUCCACCCCAGCUGCGAGUCCUAUGGUCCCUGGGACGCUGUCCCCCACAGUGGAACCCAGCCCCAGUCACUGAGUGCCUUUGCAGACAGGGCCCACUCUGCCCCAGGUCACCCUGUGGACCCCUAAGCCCCCUGGGACUACCUGAGGCUUCAACCCUGCUCCAUUCUGCCUGUGGCUUUUAAAGGCACAAUGCCUGGAGUCUGUAGAAUCAUCCAGAACUUGGCCGGGGUGGGUAAUAAAUCAGAUCUGCCUGUGUGC